CAAACAGUGCCUAUAAAAAGGGUCAGUCAGAAGCGAACGCUACCAUUCUAUUGAUCUGAACGCUUGGCUUUGGUUGACUCUGAAACCUGUGUACAGAUUAUUGAGUGAUUUUGCUGAAGCAAACAGUUUGCUACUUCAAGCUACUUUGACGCACUGUGUACAGACAGACGGUUUAUUCAGACCACAAAUCUUUUUAGACCAAGUCUAAACACAGUCUGCAGUCUACUAUCAACAUCAUGUCUCGCCAUCUAAUGUCAUUCAUUGACAGGGAAGGAGCAGAUGUUGCAAAGAUGGAUUUUUGCCUACCCAAUGCUGUGCUGAACUUUGACACUGAGGCGAAAAGCCCAAAGACAGUGUUUAAAGCAGAGAUGGAUGCUUUUCUAUCGAAUGCUUUUCUGACAUUUGACAACAUCUUAAACACUGAAUCAUUGUCAGAAGUCAUGCACGCUGCUGGUAGUGCGAAUCUGUGUGGAGGAGUUGAGGAGGAUUCUCCUGCAAAUGCUGGGGCGAAAAGCCCAACAGUGUUUAAGCAAGAUAUGGAUUUAUUCCUAUCGGAUGCUUUUCGGAGCUUUGACACUGUCCUUAACACUGGACCGUUGUCAGAAUUCGGGAAAGCUGCCGGUAGUGUGAAUCCGUGUGGAGUUGAGGAGGAUUCUCCUGCAAAUGCUGGGGCGAAAAGCCCAACAGUGUUUAAAGCAGAGAUGGAUUUAUUCCUAUCGGAUGCUUUUCGGAGCUUUGACACUGUCCUUAACACUGGACCGUUGUCAGAAUUCGGGAAAGCUGCCGGUAGUGUGAAUCCGUGUGGAGGAGUUGAGGAGAAGGAGAAAGUUUCUCCUGCACAUGCUGAGGCAAAAAGCCCAACAAUGUUUGGAGCAGAGCUGGAUUUUUUCCUAUCGAAGGCUGUGCUGACAUUUAACAAUGUCCCAAACUUCGGACCAUUGUCAGAAGUCGGGCGCACUGCCGAUAGUGUAAAUCAGCUUGAAGGAGCAAGGGAGAAAAUCCCAACAGACAGUAACAUCAGUCAGGACCAAGGAAAGACGUACUUUGACCGGGCCUGGAGGGGCAAAGUGGAGCCAGUGCCGGCUCCACAGCUUGAAGCCGAUCCAGCUAUCCCUGAUGUUAGGAAAGUGGUUGAUCUGGCAUUCUGGUCAAAGACUAAGAUUGGUCCGAAGAAACAGAAACAAAAGGCUUCGAAGAGCCGUUUAUAUGACCUCCAGGAAGAAAAGACUGUUGUUCAAGCGCAACAUGUCGAGGCAGAUUCAGCUAUUCCUGUUGGUAUGGAUGGUGCUGAUUUUGCAUGCCCCGAAUCGAAUAUUAUUAUUCGUACGGAAAAACGAAAGACUUUGAAGAGUCGCUUAUUUGGCUGUUUCCGGAGGGGCGAUUUGGAGUCGAUGCCGACUCCACAGCUUGAUGCCGAUCUUGCUCAUCCUGUUGGAAUGGAUGGUGCUGAUCUGGCCUGCCAUGAGGCAAAAACUAAGAUUCGUCCGGAAAAACGAAAGUCAACGAAGUGUUGCUUCCUUGACUGCUUCCGGAGGAGCGAUGUGGAGUCAGUGCCGACUCCACAGCUCGAUGCCGAUCUUGCAAAUCCUGUUGGAAUGGAUGGUGCUGAUCUGGGCAGUCUACAAAAGUUAGGUGCCUUUACACUCAAUGUCGGGUUGAAAGGUGGUGGAAAUCCAGACCCAAAAAUACCUGAAAAUCCCAGAACAAAAGCAAUUGGAAAUCCCCGAAAUCCUGUCCCGACAGAUGCUGGAAAUCCUGUCCCGAAAGAUGUAAAAGUUGUUAGGCCAAAAACUUUUAAUCUUUUUAAAAAGCAAAGCAACAAGCAACCAGCCGAUCCCAAGCCAGGUCCAUCAGUGACUACAGGGACUUUUGAGUCUAAAUAUCAACUCUUAGAGACGGAUGUGCUUGGGAAAGGUAGCUUCGGCAGAGUGUUCAAAGGGAUCCGUCAAACGGAUGGGAAACUGGUUGCCAUCAAGCAAAUUAUGAAACACAAAAGGGACAGAUAUAUUCAGAUUCCUGGAUAUCCCCAACCGCUGCUAACAGAAAUAGCAUUAAUGCUUAAGUUAAGAGAGGGUUACCGUUGCCCGUAUAUCAUAGAGUUAUAUGACUGGUAUGAGACUAGGGAAAUGUUCACACUUGUGAUGGAGUAUCCUCAGGAGAGCCAAUCCUUGAAGAGUUUUGUUUCUGAAAACAAACUGAGUGAAAAUGCAGCACGACAUCUGAUGUAUCAGGCAGUACGAGCAGUUCAACACUGCCUGCGUAAUGGUGUCGUCCAUACCGACAUACAUCCGGGGAACUUCUUGGUGCAGAAGAAAACAAUGAAGUUAAAGUUAAUUGACUUUGGGCUUGGACAUCUGUCAAAUGUUGAUGGCCAUGAUUCAAAGGACUUUAGAGGAGCUAAAAAAUGCACACCGCCUGAGGUUAAAACAAAUCAGAAAUUCUUUGCCGUGCCAGCAAACACCUGGGCCUUAGGUAGUUUGCUAUAUUUCAUGAUGCAUGGAUCUUACCCCGACCCUAUAACCGACUUGUAUAUGGGUGAAUCGAUAAGAUAUGAUGAAGGUUUAUCAAAGGAAAUCUGUCAACUGAUAGACUGGUGCCAUUAUGUGAGCCCAGCUAGACGUCCAUUGCUCCACCAGAUCUUAGGUCACAAGUGGUUCAGAACUGACUGGAUGAUGGAUGAACCGGAAUUCGUACCCAGAAAGCUAACAGAUUCAAAAUAACAUAUAACAAAGGCCUAACUUAAUGAUGGGAGAUGCUGUUUUCAUCAUCCAGAGAUGUAUGGAGUUUGCUAAUCAUGUUUCCGGAUAAGUUUCUACAACCGAAAACCAAGAAUAGCAUGGAGAUUAAGUCACUAACGGGGUGACAAUUACAAGGGAGACAAGAGACGAGCCAUUAUUUAGAACAGGAAUUUCCCUGGAUUUACAAAUCCAUGGGAACUUUACAGUUGCAUCCCAUGGACACAAAUCGUUGGCUGAACGUCUCAUAAUAUAUAUAUUCCCCAAGGGUUUUUUCCCUCCUAGGACUUUUUUCCUCCUGGCUAAACAUGUGGGAGGUUUUUCUCCUAGGGGGUUUUUUCAACCCCGGGGACUCAGCUGACAUUGGCUUAACUUAGCAAUGUCAAACACAAUUCGUUGGCUGAACGUCUCAUAAAGAUCCUGUCUCAUCCUUGAACACAAUUUGUUUACGUUUUAAUAGUAUAUUAUCUUAAUAUAUAGUAUAUCCUCUGUAGGAUUCGUUUACAUAUAUAUGUUUUAUAUAUAUAUAUCCCCCAAGGGUUUUUUCCCUCCAAGGACUUUUUUCCUCCUGACUAAAAAUGCGGGAGGUUUUUCUCCUAGGGUUUUUUUCAACCCCGGGGACUGAGCCGACAUUGGCUUAACUUGGCACCUUCUUCUAUACGUUACAUCAUUAACACGCUCGCUUGUAAAGUUUAUUCAUUGCCGCUGUAUUUCGCUACUUAUGUUGUCUGUCGAUUUUUUCUGACUUUUCCCCUGCUUAAAGCUGGGGGAAUUAAAGCUGCUUUGAAAAAGCACCAUAUAAAUAAAAUUGAAUUUAAAAGAAUCAGCUA